CUCACUCGUUUCCCUCUUGAACCUUAACAACAUUUCACUCUUUCUCCUCCUACUCCAACCUCUCUGCAUCUCCUGCACCUCUGCAUUUCCUCUGAAGUAUUCUUCAAAAUUUGCCCCACACUCUAUUACUACUACUAAUACAAAUCACCUAGUAACAACAUGUUGCACUGUCUCAAUACACCGGGAAGUCUUGCUGGGAACUGCUCCGACAUGACGGUGUUGGAAAGGCAACGGAUCAAGUUGCCACAAGGAAACGGGUUCAAUUGUGUGUUCCCUUCUUCUUCUUCUUCUGAUUCUGGUUCUUCACUUGCUGAGGUAGUUGCUCAGGCUCACUACAUCAAGUUUCAUAUGCCACCAGCUGGGCCUGAACCUUCUCCUGCUUCUGGGCCUGAUUUGAAUUCUGCAAUUUCAAGGACUUUCAGCUGUCCACCUACUCUGGUAGAAGCUAAAGCCAAUGAAUUUUUCUCAAUUAAGAAAGAGAGUUAUAAGAAGAGGAAAUCUGAUAAGCCUCACAACCCCAAGAUUGUUGCAGAAAAUGAUAGUAAAGACAAGAGGAUCAAAGUGGAUUCUGAAGAUGGGGAAUCCAAUAUCACAGGGAAGAUCAGCAUCAAGGAUAACAAAACCGCCACAAAAAGUAAAAACAGGGGAACCUGUGCAAAUAGUUCAAAUUCAAAGGAAAAUGAGGAUCAAAAGCUAGACUACAUUCAUGUGCGAGCACGUCGUGGCCAAGCCACUGAUAGCCAUAGCUUAGCUGAAAGAGUUAGAAGGGAAAAAAUUAGUGAGAGAAUGAAGUAUUUACAAGAUUUGGUUCCCGGUUGCAACAAAAUUACAGGAAAAGCUGGAAUGCUUGAUGAAAUCAUCAACUAUGUUCAGUCUCUUCAACGACAAGUUGAGUUCUUGUCAAUGAAAUUAGCUACUGUCAACCCAGCCCUUGAAUUCAAUAGUGAUGAUCUGUUUGACAAAGUGGUGUUUCCUUCUUGUGAUUCAACUUUUCCAGCUAUAAACUUGACUAACCCUGCCACCUAUCUUCAAUUCAAUUCACCACCACAGCAAAUGGUUUCUUAUGGAGGAUUAGAUACCGGGAUGAACAUGAACCCUUCCGAUGUAGGGCUUCGAAGGACCAUAAGUGCCCCGGUAUCAGUACCUGAGACAUUUAUUGACUCCUCUUGUUACACUCAAAUUCUACCCCCCACAACAUGGGAAAGUGAUUUUCAAAACCUUUACAACUUGAAUUUUGAUCAAGCACGAGCAACAUCCUUUCCUUGAUUCCUUCUUAGCCAUUUACAGGUAUAGUAGACGCUAGCAAUCUAAAGAUGGAGGUGUAGACCAGAAAUUGUAUCACCAUUCAUUGGAUUAACUCGCUCCAAAUGCCUCUUAUCAAGAUUAAUUGAUCCUUUUCUUUUCUAGUACAUAGCAGAUAUAUUAGAUAUAAGAUAUUGUUUGUAUACUGCUCCAUGAAUUAAUAAAAUCAUAUUAAUGCAUGUUAACUUCAGUCACAUUCCUUUGAAAGUUCAAAUUAGAAUAUAGCCGAUGGCUAGUGCCUAGUAACGAUGAGUAGCCUGAUAGGGACCAGAUCAGGCAACUAACCCAAUUUGCAUGAG